CGCGCAGGCGCAGUGGCCGGGUUGGGACGCUGCGCGGAGCCGGGCCCAUGGCCGCUGUCUUCCUGGUGACGCUGUACGAGUACUCGCCGCUCUUCUACAUCGCCGUUGUCUUCGUCUGCUUCCUCGUCACCAGCGGCCUGGUGCUGGGCUGGUUCGGUUGGGAUGUUCCCGUGAUCUUGAGAAACUCGGAAGAGACAGAAUCCAGUGCAGGAGUAUCUAAAAAGCAGAUGAGACAAGUGAAGAACCCUUUUGGCUUGGAGAUCCUUCAUCUCACUGCAGCUUCAGUAACAAAGGGCAUAACGUUGAAACCCGACUGCCUGGAGGAUUGUUUCCUUACGUGCUAUUGGGGGUGCAGUGUGCAAAAGCUAUAUGAAGCUUUGCAGAAACACAUCUACUGCUUCAGAAUAAAGACUCCGCAAGCACUAGAAGAUGCUCUGUACAACGAAUACCUCUAUCGACAGCAGUACUUCAUUAAAAAAACCGACAAGGAAGAGAAAUAUUGUCAGUUAUCAGAAGAUGCUCAAAUUACAGAUUUUGGCCCCGUGCCCAGAUCUUGCUACCCACUAGUAGCUCUGUUGACUUUAGCUGAAGAAGAAGACAGAGAAAUAUAUGACAUUAUUUCCAUGGUGUCCAUAAUACAUGUCCCUGAUGAAAGUUACAGACUUUCCUGCAGAAUAUUGUAUCAGUAUCUGCUUCUAGCCCAAGGCCAGUUCCAUGAUCUAAAGGUACUCCUGCUCCCUGUCCGUCCUCCUGGUAUCUCUUCUGUUGCCUGCGCCUCAAGUGUCCCUUAUUCACCCCACGCCCUGACACCUCCAACUGUACCCUGCACCAAGCUGCCCUGCAAGCCCCGCUGUCCUCAUCCUGGACAGACUCUCACCCACCGCCUUUCCCCCCUCCUCCCAGCCCCACAGCUUUAUCCCAGACACAUUCCUUCCCUCCAUGUCAUGCCUUGCCUGGGACCAUGCAGCUACAUACCAUCGGAGUGAGCACUGAGAUGCUGUUACAAGCAGCAGCAGCACUUGGAUAGGAUAGGAGGGGAGAAGGAGCUACAGAGGCUUCAGUGAGCUAGAAAGCCCUAACAGACGAUUUACUGUACGGUUCAUGCUUAGACAUCAGGAGAAGGCACUGGUCUGCUGUGGCCGGGAUGGGAUCUCUAUCCGGCAUCAACAUUUCAUCGUGACAGCAGAUCUUGAAACGAAUGGAGCAUGUCUUGGAUUUUUUAAGCACAGCUUAAUUUUCUUACAGAUUUUUCAAACAGGCAUUUUUAGGCUGCUUUCUUAACAGAUCGCCUAUACGUUUAUGGCCAGUUGGCAACCCUGCCCGUGGCCCUGUCUCCUACUGCUGUCACUGUCCAUUGGUUCUGGGUUGCUCCCAACACCCAGUCAUUACCUUUGUGUCAGACCAUGCGGGUCCCGGUGACAUAAGACAAUAAAGUACAUUUAGUUCUUGCUAAAUUAGUUGCAACCAGGCCUGCGCAGGUUUAUAUAUAUUACCAUCCAGUCACCCCUAGGCCCUGCUGACUUGGUGGUGGUUAUAGGUGGCAGCUGUUAUUUCUGUCAGUAUUCAGAACAAGCCUGAUUCAAAACCUAUGGGAGUCCAUUAGAAUCUCUCAUUGAUUUUUUUUUUCCUUGCUUUGACUUUGUUCCAGUGUAUGUUAUCAAAUUAAUUAUGAAUAAAGUAGAUAUUGAAAAUCA